AUGAAUAGAUCAGUACAAAAUAAUCCGCCAUCACGGAUAGUCUAUUUGGGCUCCAUUCCUUACGACCAAACAGAGGAACAAAUUCUGGAUCUUUGCUCUAAUGUCGGGCCCGUAACGAACUUAAAGAUGAUGUUUGAUCAGCAAACCGGUAAAUCAAAAGGUUACGCAUUCAUCGAGUAUAGAGACCUAGACUCCAGUGCGAGCGCGGUGCGAAAUUUGAACGGAUACCAGUUGGGCAAUCGACAUUUGAAAUGCGGAUACUACGGCGGCGGCGAUAUGGGCGGGCCCACGGCUGCGAACAAUACGGACAUUUCGGACAAUAGCAUCAACAAUAGCAACAUUGUGUUUGCAGGACUGCCCCAGGGUGUAGAUGUUAAUAUCAACAUGACGACACCUGCGAUGAUGAUAUCCAGCGAACUGUCGAAACAUUCUAAAGAGCAACAGCUGGAUCUUUUACGCACACUACAAAGCAUGGCUCGCUCCGACGGCGAAGCUUUUUGCAGUCUUCUACAACAAUGUCCCCAGUUGACGUUUGUCGUCGCUGAACUUCUACUAACGAAUGGAUUGAGUACCGUAGACGAUCUCACACAACUUGCAGUUCAAGAAACCAGUGCGACCCCCCAAGCUGCCCCACAGGAUCCCAAAAUACGUGCACAACAGCGAGAACUGUUGCAACAAGUUUUGCAGCUUACAGACAGUGAAAUAUCAGUUCUUCCAGACGACGAAAAAAUGUCUUUAUGGGAUCUCAAACAGAAGGCAAUGCGCGGUGAAUUUGGAAUUUUGUGA